CCGUAGUCAAUGCGUUCGGUGGUGUUCCAGAGCCGAUCAAGCAGCCCCUACUCCACGUCCAGCUAGUCCACUUCCGUCACACCGUUCAAAGUUCUUCCGAUUUGAAUUCAGGCCACCUUCGGUGACCCCAGACCGCCCUCCCCCCUUCUUGUACAUCGGAGUAAUCGCUUGACAUGGAGAUCAUCCUGCGACUGCUGGCCUUUGCGCUGAAUGCCUUCGGCAUGUUGGUGAACAAAAUUCUGGAUCUGGUGAUGGUCCGCAGGCCUCCCAACUGUCCGCCCAUCAGUGAUCCCCUGCUGAACAGAUCCGUCGUUGAGCUGGCCACCCAAUUGCGUCGCGGCGAGAUUAGUUCGGUUCAGUUGGUCAGUGCGUACAUCGCACGUGUCCGAGAAGUGAAUCCCUCCCUGAAUGCCGUGGUCGAUGAGCGCUUCAAGGCGGCCCUGACUGACGCACGGCUCGCCGAUGACUUCAUAGCCCGUGCCAGCACAGAGUUCGAUCGGGUGGCCCUGUACACGCGAUACCCGAUCCUGGGUAUCCCAUUCACCGUCAAGGAAUCGUGCGGCGUUAAGGGCCUGUCCUAUUCCGUGGGCAGCAUUAUCCGCAAGGACAUGAAGGCCGCCAAGGAUGGAGAUGUGGUGGAGCUCCUCCGUGCCGCCGGCGGCAUUCCGCUGCUCGUCUCCGCCACUCCCGAGUUCUGCAUGAGCUUCGAGACGAGCACCGUGAUCAAUGGGCGCUGUCUAAAUCCCUACGACAUGCGUCGGACUUCGGCGGGCUCCUCCGGAGGCGAGGGAACGCUCAAUGGCUGCGGUGCCACCACCUUUGGCGUUGGCUCUGACAUUAGUGGCUCCAUCCGUUUGCCCGCGUUGUUCUGUGGAGUUUUCGGGCACAAGCCGACGGGGGGCCUGACAUCGGUCAAGGGUCACUUUCCCUACUCGCUGACGGACAAGAGUUUCCCCGACAUGCUGCAGAUUGGACCCAUCACACGCUUUGCCCGCGACAUGCCGCUGCUCCUCGAGAUCAUGGCGGGAGACAACAAGCACAAGCUGAAGAUGGAAGAAACCGUGCCCCUUAAGGACAUAAAGAUCUACUAUUCUUAUGGCUAUUCGGGCCUGAACUCUUUCACCCAUCCCGUGGUGGACUUUGAGAUCAAGAUGGCCGUCACGAAAGCAGUGAAAUGCUUUGAGAAAGCUGGCAUCAACGCCAAAAAGAUGGACUUCAGUUUCCUGAGUAACUCCUUGGAGAUUGCCUUGGUGUCUCUGGUGGAUCUGAAGGGCUUGCCCAGCAUUGUGACACAGCGACCCGAUCGUCCGCCCUCCAUGCGCCUCUUGAUCAUGGAGUUCAUGAACAGCCUCAUCGGGCACUCGCUGUUCACCAAGGAGGCAAUGUUCCUGGAGUUGAUGCAACGCUUCAAUGGACUUAUGGCCUCUGGGAACAUGCAAGAAUACCGCGAUGAAGUGAAAAAGAUCAAAGAACACAUAAUUCAACUUUUGGGCGAUCGCGGUGUCCUGCUGCUGCCGACCUUCCACACGAGCGCGCUCUGCUUCCACACCUCCGUUCUUAAUACGACGGGCAUCGACAACAUGUUGCUCUUCAAUAUCCUGGGUCUGCCGGCCACCCAUGUGCCAAUGGGCCUUAACCAGCGCGGCAUGCCAAUUGGCAUCCAGGUGGUGGCGGCUCCCUACCAGGACAAGCUCUGUCUGCAGAUUGCCGCCGAGCUUGAGGCCGUCUUCGAGGGCUGGGUGCCACCAGUGCCGCAUGCAAUUAAUUCUAAGUGAAAUUUCCAGUUAAGUUAAGGUUUGUGGUUUAGUUCAUUUGAUUGUUUAAAAGUUCAAUGACGGAUUGUUUAAUAUACUCGUACUCGAGCGGCCAGACGGCACUUGAAGUCGAAAUGGUAAUUGCUAUCAUUAUCAUUAUCUUAACGAUCUACCGUCAUAUAAUUCAUCACAAUCAUACGAUUAUAAUUAUUGCAACGAAAUAAAAGACAAAUUAUGACCUUUUUCAUUA